AUGCUGGAGGAUAAACCUCCGCUGUACUUCGCAGUUCGAGCGGUAGACUAUCACGGGGGUUCUACCAUAAUUUAUCUAAUUUCAGGCUCCACAGUUUUUGCUCAACUGGGAAAAUCCGAAGCGCCUACCCGACAGCCUUUGAAAACAUUCGAAAGGGCGCAUGUAACUCCGCUCAGCAAAAGGCGAUUACAGCCUUCAUUAGAUUAUGCUGGGCUCGCGACAGACACACCGCCGCCAAUGCCACUUUUCAAGCAGUUGGCAGCACAAAGAUCUGAUGCUCAUCACUGGGUUUAA